AUGCCCGCAGAAGCCAUGGACAUCGACCACAUGGAAGCCCCCUUGACUGCUGAGCAGAUCAAGGCACAGGCGAACCAGGAAUACAAAGCAGGCAACUACGCAGCGGCCGUCGAUCUCUACAGCCAGUCUAUCAGGCUCGAGCCCACCAACGCCACCUACUACGGAAACCGUUCCGCCGCCCUCAUGAUGAUCAAGAAAUACAGCGACGCCUCAAAGGAUUGCCAGACCGCUAUCCGUUUGGACCCUGCAUUCGUCAAGGGAUACCUUCGUGGUGCAAAGUGCCAGUUGCAGAUGGGAAACGUGAGCGAGUCGAUCAGAUUGUAUACAAAGGUGUUAGAGAUGGAGCCCAACAACGCCCAGGCAGCCAAGGAAAAGGCACAGGUGGAUUACGUUCAGGCACAGAUUGACCAGCUGCAGAUGUACAUGGCCAACAAACAGUUCGGCCUCGGAGCCAACGCUGUGGAUCGCCUCUUCGGUAUGGUCGAUCUGGCGCCUCGCAAGUGGAUGAUCUGGAAGGGCGAAUGUCUCAUCGGCAAGAAGGACUUUAACGGAGCAAGCUCUGUCGCCAUGGAUCUCCUGCGCCUGGACUCCCAAAACUCAGAUGCCAUCUACCUCCGCGCCCAGGUCCUCUACAGCCAAGGCGAGAAUAUCAAGGCCGCCACUCACUGCGCAGAAGCCCUCCGUUGCGACCCCGAUUGCUCCAAGGCCAGAGUUCUUAUGAAGAAGGCCAAGAACCUGGAGGCUCAAAAGACCGCCGGAAACGAUGCUUUCAAGGCCGGCAAGUUGCAGGAAGCCUAUGAUCUCUACACAGCAGCCUUGGCCCUCGACCCCGAGAACGAGAGCACCAACAGCAAGCUGUACUCGAACCGUGCGACCGUCCUGGCAAAGUUGGGACGGCAUCAGGAGGCAGUCGAGGACUGCGAUGCCAGUUUGAAGCUCGACCCCUCAUUCGUCAAGGUCCUGCGCAAGCGUGCCGAGUGCCAACUCAAGCUAGAGCAAUACGAGGAUGCCGUACGGGACCUCAAGUCUGCACUGGAAUUCGACAAGACCAACCGAGAUAUCCGCCGCGAGCUGCAGAAUGCCGAGCUUGAGCUGAAAAAGUCGUUGAGGAAGGACUACUACAAGGUGUUGGGUGUGGGCAAGGAUGCCGGCGAGAGCGAGAUCAAGAAAGCAUACCGGAAACAAGCGUUGAUCUACCACCCAGACAAGAACGACGGCGAUCCCGCAGCCGAGGCCAAGUUCAAGGAUGUUGGAGAGGCCUAUGCAGUGUUGAGCGACCCGACAAAGAAGCACCGGUAUGACUCUGGCAUGGAUAUCGAGGGAGGCGGUGGCAUGGGCGGUGGUAUGGAUGACUUUGGUGGCGUUGAUGUGAAUUCCAUGUUCUAUCAGAUGUUUGCCAACCAACAGGGUGGCGGCAUGGGAGGAGGUAUGGGUGGCGGCAGCCCCUUUGGAGGCGGCGGAUCACCUUUUGGCGCAGGUGGAAGUCCCUUCGGCGGUGGUGGCGGUGGAUUCGGAGGGCAUGGCCAUGGCCAUGGCCACAGCCACGGUGGUCGGGGACACAGCUUCUCCUUUGAAUAG